UGAAACAAAAUCUUCUGGGUUGUCCAGCUUGACCAACGGGCAUUUUAUAUUGUUUUCUAGUGACCAUGCAGUCGCGCCUCACCUCCAGUUAUUUUAAUGGCUCAAUUAUUAAUUUUCUCCUUCCUCAACUCGUGGCGUUGUCUACUUAUUCAAAACCACACAUCGCUUAAGUUUUUGCAAGAUUCACAAGCUGGAGAUUCAGCAUCUCAUCAAUGGAGAAACGCGUAGCCAUCGUGGGCGCCGGAAUCAGCGGCCUCCUCGCCUGCAAAUACGCGGCGGCCAGAGGCUUCACUCCGAUGGUUUUCGAAGCGCAGGAUCACGUGGGCGGGCUGUGGAACCACACCAUUGAAUCCACGAGGCUCCAGAAUGCGAGGGUUACCUUCCAAUUCUCUGAUUUCCCAUGGCCUCGCUCCGUUGAAGAUAUGUUCCCCACCAACUUCCAAGUCGUCGAAUAUCUGCAAUCAUAUGCUCAGAACUUUGGGUUGUUACCGUACAUGAGAUUCAACUCCAAAGUGAUGAGCAUCGAUUACGUGGGAGAAUCUGAGGAGGAGAUGCGGUCGUGGGAGUUGUGGGGUGCAAUGGGAAAGCCUUUUGGAUCAAAAGGGAAGUGGAUUCUUAAGGUUUUCCACUCAAACCAGAACUUCACUCAGGAGUAUGAAGCUGAAUUUGUGAUAAUAUGCAUCGGAAGAUUCAGUGGGUUGCCAGAUAUCCCAAAGUUUGCAGCUGGAUUCGGCCCAGAAAUAUUCUCAGGCAAAGUGUUACAUUCCAUGGAUUUCUCCGACAUGGACAAUGCAGCCGCCGCCGACUUCAUCAAAGGGAAAAGAGUCGCCAUCAUAGGCUCCGGCAAAACCGCAGUCGACACUGCAUUCGAAUGCGCCAAUGCAAACGGAACCGACUAUCCCUGCACGAUGAUCCAACGAACGCCUCACUGGGCCCUUCCCAACGCGUUCCCGUGGGGCGUCCACUUCGGUUACUUCUGCGCUACCCGAUUCUCCGAGCUCAUGGUUCACAAACCAGGCGAAGGACUGCUCUUCAGCGUCCUAGCCACCUUGCUAAAACCUCUGCGAUGGGCGAUGAGCAAGUUCGUGGAGAGCUACAUCAGAUGGAAACUUCCCUUGAAAAAGUAUGGAAUGAUUCCCCCAGAGAGCUUCCUUCAAGAAGUCUCCUCUUGCCAGAUAUACAUGCUUCCUCAGACAUUCUACGACAAGGUCGAAAACGGCAGCAUUGUUCUGAAAAAGUCACAGAAUCUCAGCUUCUGCAAAGACGGCCUCAUCAUCGAUGGCCAAGAUGCUAAUAAUCCCAUUAAAGCAGAUGUAGUCAUCUUUGCAACGGGAUACAAAGGCGACGAGAAGCUCAAGAACAUCUUCGCGUCUCCAACUUUCCAGAGCUACAUUCUUGGAACUCCAGCCUCCACCAUCCCUCUCUACAGACAGAUAAUCCAUCCGAGAAUCCCAGGGCUGGCUGCGAUAGGCUACUCUGAGUCGGCGUCGAAUCUGUACACAUUCGAGAUGAGGUGCAAAUGGUUGGCACACUUUCUUGAUGAGGCGUUGCAGCUGCCGAGCAUCAAGGAGAUGGAGAAGGAGGUGGAGAUGUGGGAGAGAUACAUGAAGAGAUACUCAGCCAAUGGCAAAUAUAGGAGAGGUUGCAUUGCAGGAUUGCAUAUCUGGUAUAAUGAUCAACUUUGCAGAGACAUUGGAGUUAAUCCCCGAAGAAAGAAGGGCUUUUUCGCGGACAUGUUUCAGCCUUACGGUUUGCCGGAUUACAAUGGAAUUACUCCCAACGAUUCUUGAUUAUUGCUGCUUAAUUAAUUAAGUUGUGCACCAAAUUAUAUGUGCAGUAUCAGAAAAUGGUUCCAAAAUUUAUUUUAUGGGAUGGAAUUCGAUGAUGAAUGAAAAAAGAAAAGAAUAAAACAUUCUUGAAGCUAUGAAGCUAUGAUUGUUUGAUCAAA